AUGAAGCUUCAGCUCCUCUUUGCUCUAUUUCUUGCCACCGGUGCCGUCUCAGCUCGUGCACACGAUAAUCAACGUCGUGGGGGUAGCGGAGGGGGCGGAGGGGGCGGAGGGGGCGGGUGUCCGAAGCCACUUACAGUUACAGUUUAUAAAACAAAAAUUGUGCCUUCUAUAUACACAAAAUGUACAACGAUAACUACAAAGACCCACGGAACUAAAACCAUUACAGAGACUACGACGCUUCCGUUAGCCACUACUACGGAGACAUCGACUACCACAGAAACCUCGACCACUACGGAAACAUCUACCACUACGGAAACAUCAACCACUACGGAAACCUCUACCACUACGGAUACCUCGACCACUACUGAUACAUCUACCACUACGGAAACCUCUACCACUACGGAAACCUCUACCACUACCGAUACCUCGACCACAACGGAAACCUCUACCACUACGGAAACAUCUACCACUACGGAAACAUCUACCACUACUGAUACCUCGACCACUACGGAAACAUCUACCACUACGGAAACCUCUACCACUACUGAUACCUCGACCACUACGGAAACAUCUACCACUACGGAAACAUCAACCACUACGGAAACCUCUACCACUACGGAUACCUCGACCACGACGGAAACCUCAACCACGACAGUCUCGCAGUGUCCAUGCCCUACUGCCCCUGUCCUAGAUUCAGGUUUUGAACAUCCAGCCGCCGUUGCAGGAGGAAGCACCCCUCUAGGGUGGUUUCAGGCCGCGUCUAACAGCGGCGCGGGCCAAAUUACUGACAACAAAAAACACGACGGCCUCAAAUCAUUUAAGGCUAGCAGAACAUCGAACAACAACAACUGGUAUUAUAAACUUGGGCAGAAAGUCUCCUUGUGCCCUGGAAAGCAAUAUACUUUGAAUUUGUUCGUCCUAGGAACAUCAACUUAUUGCAAGAUCCAGGUUCACAUCGGGAGUGUUGAAGUAGUGCCUGAAACCAGAACGGAUCCCGCGGGUGAUUGGAGGCUGUUGACCGGCAUGUGGGCUUCGACGGGUGAUGCGACGUUGUAUGUGACGUUCUCCGGGUGUCCAUCGGGGGCGUAUAUCUAUCUCGAUGAUAUAACACUCACACCCGUAUAA